UAUGAAUAUGAAUAUAGAUAGAAUUCAAAACUUUUCCGAGUGUAAAUGCGACUGCUAUAUAUGCACCUAUGUAUAUGCCAUGUAUAUGUAUGUGUAUGUGUAUGUAUGUAUGUAUGUAUGUAUGUAUGUAUGUAUGUGGUCAUCAAAUAUGACUUGAAAGGAGUGGAUAAUUCCAACGCCAAAACUAUGCAAAAUGAAUGCAAACGCCCCGUGAAAUGUUUACAUAGAGAGAGAGAGAGAGAGAAAAGGGAAUGAAUAAAAAAAUUGGAGAGUGCGUUUAUCAAUCAAACAAAGCCCUUGGCCGGCAAUCUGAACGGGUGCGAAUCAUAGCUCGUGAAUGCGUGAAA